AAUUAUUUUGACAAUGACGCUCUCCCACCUGUCCAUCUUUUCUUUUUUAUUCCUCCCAAUCAACCAUUAUAUUUUGUUGCACUCUAAACAAAUUACUUUAAAUCAGCACAUUGCAAUUUUUCUUUUUCUUUCAAUAGCCUUAUUGCUAUGUUUUCUGCUUUUGCGCCCUUUAGUCCUCGUCUCUGGACCUCGGCUAAUGUCAACAAUGCCAUUUCCAAGGCGCUUUGCACCAUUUCUACCAGCGGCAGGUCUGCUCAACACUCAUCCACCACCCUAGUUACCACCGGCUUGACCAAUGUUGACGGCACUCUAACUGUCUCCCAUCUGCCCAUCAUCCCCGCUACCACCACCGAGUACACGUACAUCCAACCCCAGAAUAACAUGUUCAGCUCGCCGCUGCUCGACAAGCUUUUUAUCCAAGCUCAAAUCGACGACAUCGAGAGAGAGAACCAGCAGCUGCGCGCAGAGAUUAUUAAGAUACAAUCGGCUAACAAGCGUCUUGAGGGCGAUAUCCCAGAGUACCUCGCGGAAAACGCAGAGAUUGUUCACGAAAAUAUACUCUAGACCAAGCUGCUCCAAAAGCUGCUGCCCGUGGUUGAUGCACAGACCCGGGAGGUCGAGGAGCAUGCCGAGAUGUAUAGGGAGCUGAAAACGGUGAAUGAAAAGUUGCGCAAACAGGCCAAAAUGAUGGAUUCCCGGGUUCAGUCGGUUCGUACUGAGAUAAACGUUGCGUAUAGGACCAUCAUAAACUUUGGCAGCCGAAAGAGCGAGGCUGGUAGGGGGUAUGAUAACUUGUACAAGAUGUGCGAGCCAUUCAAGUAUUUUGCGGAUUAGCCAGUGGACAACAAGGUGGCGGACAAGGUGGCGACUGUGUAGAUUUUAUUUCCUCUUCUUUUGAGGGUCUGGCUAGUCCGCCCAAAAAAUAAAAGCUGGAUGUCUAUAUUUCGCAGCGCCGCAGCUUGUAACCCAACUAUCCU